AAACCCAACAUCUAGAUUAGUGACUGAGGAAGAAAGGGGGAUGUCCUGGCCGUCAAAGGUCAGAUGACUGAAUCUGGUGUGGAAGGAGAGCUUCAGUUUUACUGCUGAUUAACUGGGAGAAACCUUUUUUUUUACGCCUAUACUAAAAUAUACUGUGAGCCUAAAGUAAUCUUUCAUAUAUAAACGGUUUUUGUAGUGGGUUUAGAUCAGUGGAAAUGGCGCUUUGAUUCUGAAGGAUGAAAGACGGAAGUCGUAUUGUUUUUGCUGUUGGGGUCACUGAUGAUCACACAGACACUUUGUGGUUAAAGCUGAUUGUUUAACAGCGAAAAGAUGUUCGACGCUGUUGAAACAGACAUUUAGGGACGUCUUAAUAGACAGCGUUGCUUUUUAGUGUCGAGUUUGAGUUGAAAGGGACAGCAAUAUGAUUCUUCCCGUCUGGAUGCUGAUUGGCUAAGUUAAACGUCGGCUCAGCGUCUGUCAAGAAAAGUUAUUUUUGAGCCCAAGCAGAGCACAUUCUUAGACCUCUCUCAGCCUUCCUGACAGUGCAGCUGUAUUCACAGGUGCAGCUCCGAUAUGACUAAGAGAAGCCCAUCUCUUCAGCUUGUCAAAAGAGGUUAGGUACAGAUGAACAUUCCCAUUCGAAAUGUGACAGGAUGCUGAACCAUCACUGCAGAAGGAACCCUGAGCUUCAUGAGGAGCUGCAGAUCCAGGCUGCAGUGGCAGCGGGGGAUGUCUGCACUGUCAGAAGAAUGCUGGAACAAGGAUACUCACCUAAGAUCCGUGAUGCCAACGGUUGGACACUGCUCCAUUUCUCUGCUGCCAAAGGAAAAGAGAGAUGUGUUCGAGUAUUUCUGGAGCAUGGAGCUGACCCCACAGUGAAGGACUUUAUUGGUGGCUUCACGGCACUUCACUAUGCUGCUAUGCAUGGCAGAGCACGCAUUGCCCGACUGAUGCUGGAAUCUGAAUUUCGCAGUGACAUUAUCAAUGCAAAAAGCAACGAUGGCUGGACGCCACUGCAUGUGGCUGCCCACUAUGGUCGAGACUCAUUUGUACGCCUCCUCCUGGAGUUCAGGGCUGAGGUGGACCCGCUUAGUGACAAAGGGACUACACCACUACAACUGGCCAUCAUCCGUGAGCGCUCCAGCUGUGUACGGAUCCUCUUGGACCACAGUGCCAACAUUGACAUUCAAAAUGGGUUCCUGCUGCGGUAUGCCGUCAUCAAAGGCAAUCACUCAUACUGCCGCAUGUUCUUGCAAAGGGGAGCAGACACUAAUCUUGGACGUCUUGAAGAUGGCCAGACCCCUCUGCACCUGUCAGCCCUCAGGGAUGAUGUGUUGUGUGCCCAGAUGCUCUACACGUACGGGGCUGAUACCAACACCAGAAAUUAUGAGGGCCAGACACCGGUAGCUGUAUCUGUUAGUAUGUCUGGAAUCAGCCGGCCCUGUCUGGACUUCCUGCAGGAGGUCACCAGACAACCGAGGAGUCUACAAGACUUGUGUCGCAUAAAAAUCCGUCACUGCAUUGGCCUUCAAAGCUUGAAAUUCUUGGAGGAUCUACCAAUUGCAAAGGUUAUGAAAGACUACUUAAAACAUAAGUUUGAUAGUGUGUGAAGGCAACAUAGAGGAGAGGUCGACUAAAAACUCUGCUAUCAUUUAUAAAGACUAUGCAAUCACUAUGCUAGGCCUGGAAGGAUCUCCACAGGUUGGUUCUGUACAUGCUGAAGGGUAGUUAGUCCAGUUUGUUCGUUCAGUUCAACACAUUAAAAGUGGAGGUUUCAGUCUUUUUACUAUUAGAGCAGUGGCUAAAGAAUGGAAAUGGAUCCACCUCAUGUGAACAAAGCUUAUGUUUUUUGAGUGAAAAAGAAAACCUCAUUUGACUGCAGAUAAGAAUGUGACUACAAUUAGCAUUAUUACCAUUUAAGUUACUGUAAAAAUGUGCAUGAUAUGUUGUGUUAUGUUAUGCUGGGUCAGAUUGUCAUCAAGUGCGUACUUGCCAAUGAGUCUAAUUUCCUUCCUCCCAUCCUGUAUAACAUCAGAGAAGUUGUAUUAAAUAAUUAUUUGAAAGGUUGAUUUGAAAUGAGGUUUUUACUGAGUUGUAGGAAGUUAAACUGAAAGUGCUGCAGUCAUGAUAAUUUUCUUUCUGACUCAAAAUGAGUGUCGAGCUACAUGGAUAAUGAAAGCUAGAAAAAUCUCUACAAGGUACAAUCCCUGAUUUUGUGUUAUUAUCCAACAGUUCAUCCAAAUCCCAAAAUGUCCUGGUUCCAAGCCACUGAGUUACCACCCACUUCUCCAGUUGGUUCUUAUGUUCUAUGACUUCUUAAACAAAAAGCAUGCAUGUUGUGCCCAUUGACAGCUAUGUCUGACAGUUAUAGAAACUAUUCAUCAGAGAUUUGUAGUCGAGAUGGGCAAUGUGGACGUCAUAUCCCUACAUAGCUAGCUACAUAGCAAGAGAGAGGCAGAGUUACUUCGUGCAGUUCUGCUUUGAACAGAAAGUGGGAAGAAAAACAGAAUCUGUAGCUACAGGCGGAUUGGAGAUGUGGACAAUAUGGUUUGUCUGAUUUAUUUCUAUCAAAGCACAGUCUAAGUCAAGACUACAAUAGCCACAUUAUGUAAAAUACUACUUCAAUACUAUUAAAACAAGCUCAUCUAUGAUCUGAUCAUCUAAUAGCCCGAUAGUUGAUUGUUCUGACAAUUAAUCAGGCGCUGAACACCCUCACACUGAAUGUCAAAAACAGCAGCAAAUCUGCCGUGAAUUUAGCUCUAAAAUUUAAUUGUGAAAUUAGUGAGAAGUGAACAGUUCAUAUUUAAAAUCAGGCUUAAUCUGAAAUGUCAUAGUGAAUGAAUAGGAAGCGAAAUGACAAUUCAGAAAUGUCCUCACAGCUAACUGCUGAUGUUUUGGAGCUCAACUGUUGAAUUAUACUGAAUUAAUUAAGACACAGCUGAGAGAAAAUUUUAGGUUUAGGGCUGCUACUGGGUGCUCUAAUAAAAUCAGGGAAUGUAUCCUUGAAAAUAAUAUACACAACAUUGAUUGACUCUAUCAGGGCAAUGUUACUUUUUUUGUUAUCUUAUAAAAGAACUUGCACAGAUGCAUUUUUAUGUUAUUGUGACCCAAGCAAGAAUAUAACAUGCAGUUAAAUUAUUUUGGAUGAUUAGAAAUAAUUUGAUACUACCAACUGAAGAUUGACAUCAUUCUGUAGUGCUCAACUAUAAACCAAGUUGCUUCAUCCAUUUCUACAUUAUAUGUAGUACAUUUGAGUUUGGAGUGAGUGCACUGUGAUAGAAUUCCACUCUGAAAGCACCACAUUUACUUAAGCAGUUGUUGAUGGAAUCCUGAAUAAUGAAGUCUGUUUUGGAUAACACUGGCACACAAUCGCUAGAAGCUACAGUCAAUGUAAAUAUGUUACAUGUACAACAAAUAUUUUUGUAGAAUUUAUUUAAACAAUGAUCUCUGGUAUUAAUGUAUUUAAAGUUCGGAAAGUAUUGUGAUCUGUUUGGUGUGACUCAAAUGUUUCUUUUUUGUGUGUCUGAGUUCAAAUACUCUGUUGUACAAGAAUCAUUUGGAUUCAAGUGUUUUUUUGAUUUUAUGGCAGAACUGGGUGCUUUCUUAAAAUCAUCAUAUCUUGCAGGUAACUUUGUUGUGGAGAUUAUACUGUGAAUUUCUCAUUUUGACAAUUCAAAAUAAAAUUUAGGAUUUGGGGGUUAAAUAAUGCCCACACAGGAAA